GCCCCGCUGGCCUCCACCCGGCUGGCUGGCUAUGCUUCAGUUGUCGAGGAGAGAUAUAAAUCCACGGAGCCCACAAGGCAUUGUCUUGUACCACAGAACUUGGAAUCAAAAGACUUAUCCGGUCAAAACAAUCUCUCUACAAACUACUCUCUUCCACACAUUCUCUACACACAUUCCUUACACAUACUUCACAAUGUCUUACAAGACCAACUACGAGCCAUACAACAGUGUGGACUUUGACAUGGAAAGAGAACGCUCCUCAGAGGAGGUUCUCUACCCAUUAAUAGACCUCUACCCUCACGUCGUCGCUCUUCAACUCCAAGCCGACGGACAAUACUUCAACAGAUCCGACUCCGAUUCGGGGUAUCACAGCGUCAACUACUGGUCCGAUUCAUCCCCAACACGGUCUACUUUCGAGGAGGAAUCGAGAACGAGUCGCAAAAGCAAUGAAUCUACAAAAGACCGCUUCGUCUCGAAAAUUCGAAAAAUCCUCUGUCAAAAUGACCUGCGCCGACGGACCAACUCGAAUUAAUCCGCUCUUUUAUCUCUCGUUCCUCGUUCAAUCUGUGCAACACUAUUUCGAUAUCCGACUUUCUAUUCUUUUCCUCUUUUCAGCAAGCGACCAAAAAUAGCGAAUACCCGGCAUGUUUCUUUUGUUCACCACCGGCACUCUCCGGCAUACAAUCUUUGAUCGAUUUCCUUUCGUCUUUUCUCGAUUUUCUCUCUGAACAAUUAGCGCGGCGUUGGACACGGAUGGAUACCAGAAUGGUACCUAUUGGGAUAUUUUGUUUUCUUUCAAUCUAAUGAAUUAUACUUGGGCCUGUACAUACUACUCUGUCAUGAUCAAUUCACUCACACCACCUCUACUACCAA